AUCGACCAAAUCCAAAUCUCAUAAAUACACACAUUUACAUAAUUCCAUCUUCUCCACUGCUUUCUCUUUCUACUAUCUCCUCCUUUACCAGUCUUUCUCAAUCUCUCUUUCUCUGUGUUUUCUUGAUUUCGCCGGGAAGGGUAAAAAUGGUGGAGCAGAAAAAGUACGCUCUGUUUCUAGCGACUCCAGAUUCAGAGUUCGUGAAGAAAACGUACGGAGGAUACCACAACGUGUUCGUGUCGACGUUCGGAGACGAAGGAGAGCACUGGGACUCAUUCAGAGUCGUCGACGGCGAGUUUCCCGACGAGAAAGAUCUUGACAAGUACGACGGAUUUGUUAUCAGUGGAAGCUCUCACGACGCCUUUGAGAACCAUGAAUGGAUCCUUAAGCUAUGUGAUAUCGUCAAGAAACUUGAUGAGAUGAAGAAGAAAGUUCUCGGCAUCUGCUUUGGUCACCAGAUCAUAGCGAGAGUAAGAGGAGGAACAGUAGGAAGAGCAAGGAAGGGACCAGAACUAAAACUUGGAGACAUAACCAUCGUGAAGGAUGCGAUUACGCCCGGAAGUUACUUCGGAAACGAGAUUCCGGCGAGCAUGGCGAUCAUAAAAUGCCACCAGGACGAGGUGUUGGUGGUGCCCGAAACUGCUAAAGUGCUAGCUUAUUCGGACAACUACGAGGUGGAGAUGUUCUCCAUUGAGGAUCACUUCUUCUGUAUUCAAGGACAUCCCGAGUAUAACAGAGAUAUUCUCUUCGAGAUCGUUGAUCGUGUUCUUCGUCUUGGCUACAUCAAGCAAGAAAUGGCGGAUUCGGCAAAGGCCUCGAUGGAGAAUAGGGAAGCAGACAGAAAACUUUGGGAGACGAUUUGCAAGAAUUUCCUCAAAGGCAGACUUCCAACGAAUUAGUUUCACUCCCAAAUUAUCUAUUUGGCUCUUGUUACUACUCCUAUAUUGGAACAUUUAUGGAUUUUUAUUAUCUACCUUUAUUCUUAUUCAAUGUAUACCCUAUUAAACUCAUCGUUGUCAACAACAACAAAAAAAAACUCUUUUAAUAUCAUUAUGUCAUAUUUCUUGUUGUCUCUAUAAUGUAAUGAAUUCAAUAAAAAAUCAUUUGUAGACUGUAGUUUGUAGUUUAUGGCUUUUGCAUGUCA